AUGGGGGAGCCGCUCCAGCGGCUUAUAAACGAGUUCAGCUCGCUGGUUGAUGAGGCCCUCAUUCUAUCACUUUGUUCAGAUUUUGACCUGAACAUUGCCUCUGAGUUUCAACAAGCUAGGCAAGCCUUGAUUGUGGUAUCAGCCGACGUGCCCUUGGAGGAAGCCAGCGGGUUCAAUGCUAGUGGCCUAGGGGAUCGCGUCAUAGACAUCAAUGGCAACCCGCAAGCUGAACCUAGCGAGGCUGGAACCGCUCUAUCUGGAAGCGACACACGGAGUCCUGAUGGAGUUACAACUCCAAGCGAGAGAUCCUUGCCACAAACUAUCUUGUCUACCGGCUCUUCCCACACUUCUUUUCAAGAGUCCCAGGGACCAACCCGCUUCAGCCUAUAUGAUGGCCUGACUUUUGAGGAGAAGGAAAUCAAAUUGCGUGAAGUAUUCACAGAGCUCAAGCCAAUCGACAUUACCCUGGCACUGAGAAAGUUUGAUGGCGACGCAGAUCGUGCCGUUGAUGUCUUGCUUACAACAUCUCAUUUAGAGCAAUCUGGCCAACGGCCCAAGGGAAUUGAUGGGUUUUAUGUAGACGAUGAAGAUGCCGUUCUUGUGAAGAAGAAGAAGAAAGGAAAGAAAAAGAAGCCUGCGGUCCGUGGUACCAACUCACCGGAUCCGAGUGCGCAGAGUAACUUAGGCGAGCCAGCCACGGCAGAAGUUCAUGAACGCAAUAUCAGGUACCUGGCCGACCGCCUCCCAUUUAGUGAGUCCGAGGUAGAGUAUGUCUAUUGCGAGAAACGUCAGUCCAUGGGAGCUGCACUUGUUCAGAUCCUGGAUAAUUAUAUCGCCAUUGACGGCGAGGCACUAGCGAAAGCCCGAAACUCGGCUUCGGAUGACCAGGGGAAGAAAUAUCCCUGGGUUCCUGUGAUGUAUCUUACGCCCACGUUCUGUCUGGCUACGAGCCGGCAGAAUGCCGAAGAUCUUGUCCAAAUCCUUGCGGAGUAUUACGAGAAACCGGCCUAUCUAAGAUAUAAUAUCUCGUACAACAUCUCAGGGCCCAAACUAGAGCUCGUUACCACCGACAGCAGCUCAAGCAAGACAUGGGUGGCGGUUGGACGCAAAACCCCAGUCUCACCAGGCCUGUACCAGUCGGGUGUUUCCUCUCCUGCCUCUGGCCUCAGCUUAAGUUCUUUGGAUCUACAAGAUAAGCGCAGCCACUCGUUCCAAGCUGCCAGUGCUGCGUAUAGGAAGGGCGGCUUGCUCCGCGGAGCUGCAGCCGUCUAUGCCGAUAGGGGCCGGGAGUUGACCCAGGAUAUGCACUAUGCUCGAAGUAGCGAGGCGGCCGCCUAUGUCGACCAGCGUAGCCGGCCAGACCACAUUGACCUUCACGGCGUCAGGGUACACGAUGGUGUCAAUAUUGCCCUAGGUAGGGUACGCCAAUGGUGGGACUCUUUAGGCGAGGAGAGGGUCCGGAAGGCCAAGGCCGGCUUCACCGUCGUCACCGGCCUCGGCAGGCACAGCGCCGGUGGUGUAUCCCAGCUCCGCGUCAACGUGUUUAAGGCGCUCGUUGCCGACGGCUGGAAAGUGCAGGUGCUGACGGGCGAGAUGCUGGUAACCGGUCGCAAGUGA